GUAAACAACCGGCCCUAUGUUCCCUCUAGCUGUCGGACCAGGCGUUUUUUCCGAAGAGACUUACAUGGGACGUAUGGCCUUAGUUGCCGGUCCUUAAUCCCUUAGAGAUCUACAUCACCAGAUAAGGUGUUUCCUCUUAUGUUCCGCAUUUAUUGAAGGGAUAAAGCAUGAAAAGAACGCACUGGGGGUCCUUUGAGGACUCCUCAAACUCGUGGAAAGAAACGGAAGCGAGUCAAAUAGUUCUUCCGAUCAGCAAAAUGGAAAAAUUCCAGCAGAUAAAGCUACCGUACAUUAUAACCAGAGAGAAACGAGUGCCACUCAAAAACCCGCUAGUGACGCAGACCGUCGAAGUGAUGAAGCAAACUGAGAUGAUCCAGACGCUUAUCGAUACAUACUCGACCAAGUCUGGUUGCAAUUACAUUUUGAAUCCGUGCCAGCUUAUGCCAACGGUCCAUUUCCCCUCGAGCAAUGUGGUGGAUUUGACACGCGCAGAAAAAAUCACACGCCCGCUGUGGUUCGUGAAUCCAGCCAGCAGUGCGUUUACCCGUGGCGAUCCAAAAAACUUCGUCAAACUAUCGAAACCGGCCGUACUGCAAGCUCUGCGCAAGGCAGCCUGCGGUCUUCUGUGCAUGGAAGGUUUCUCGGAAAUAAACGAAUCUGCCCUUAUCAUGAUCGUGGACGGGUUAGACCAGUUCCUGCGCCUGCAGGUCGAGGCCAUGCGGUCGGUGAUAAUGGAGGAGAGCAAAGAGGUUGGUGCGGUGGCCGAUGUGCUGAUGGUAGAACGAAUGUACCACUCGGUUGGGCGAACCAGUGUGUGCGAUUUGCACAACUACUACAAGCGACUGAUGAGGAAAAAUCGCACCGAGGUGCGAGAAUUCAAGGACAUCUACCAAGAAUAUGAUAGACUGCUGCAGGAAAACCAGCUAUCGGUGCAGAAUAUGCAAAAGCUAGGCGACUCGCAAGAGGAUGACUACAUGAGCUUUCUCGACCCGCAAUCUCACUCAUCCAAUGGUACCACGAUUGAUGGGUCAACCAUGAACAUUAUCAGUUUCAUCAAUGGCGAAUCUGUCAAUGGUUUUAAGGAUAUUCUAGAAGGUGAGCUGCUAGAGACAAACAGCACGCAAGAUUCAACAGAUCAAAUGAACAAUCAACAGUUCUAUCAGCAAGAAAACCCACCAUCUGUAUUCGUUCCAGCAGGCCAGAAUAACAUUUAGCAGUGGUUGAAAUCCAACGUCCAACAACGUUUCGCGUAACGGCCCUCUUGCAUCAAGAUGUUUCCUUGCAGCUUAGGUUGAAGCUAGCCAUUAAAUUAAGCGUCGCUAAACUUACACUACGAUGUGGAUUAUCUGCAAAUAUCAUAUUUUAUCUCAAUACAAGUAAAGAACACUAAAUUGUAUAAUAAAUAUGGAACUCUUUCCUCUUCUAAAUUUGUAGAUAUUUGUAGUACAAAAUGUACAGAUUAGUUGCUUGCCGUAUGGAUGAAUUCUAGUUUGAACGGGUUCCUUCUUCCAAUCGUUCGUUACAAAAGGUAAUUUACCGGAUCCGUAUCUCAAACCAACAACAAUACGUUUUUAAAUAGGUGAUCACAUGUACGAUUUAUUUAGUUUAUAUUUUUGGUUAGGGGUUUAUUUCGGUCCAAGCAUAACAUUCAUAGAGUAAAUAGGAAAAAAGGUAACACGGCAAAGAAAUCAUAUUCACUCCAACCGCCUAAGGAACAACAAAAAUUAAGGAAUGCAGUUGCGGAAGUCAUGUGUAUAGUUUCAUGGUAACGAAAUUAAAUGCUACCAGUUAAUCUUCCUGGCCGUGAGAUCUCAAA